GAACAACACACCGUUUCCCUUACCAGUCAGUCCUUUUAGUCAACCCAUCGAACAUGGAUUGGGCAUCGAAAUUGCCCUUUGGGCAUUCGAAACAUGCAGAGCCGCACGAGGAAGACCAGUCGCUCAACACCCUGCUGAACCCAGACCAGUGCGCAGACCUGACAUUCCUGAUCGCGACUAUCACAGCAAUUAUGCGACAGUCAGUACUAGAUACCUUCGUUGCCGAGGAGAUACCACUGGAUGCCGAAACUGUGAAGUCGGAGGAGGAUACUUUGAAGGACGCACCAGAUGUACCGAAGGAAGACAAGCUGAAGCAAAAACGGCAAAAGCGAGAACAGAAUGCAAAUGAGGAGCUGGCGCAACCAGAAGUACAAGAGUUGAAGAAGGCCAUGUUGCAAUACUUCGACGAAUGGAGGGGCAAGGUCAUCGGCCGCAUCGGAGAGGUAGUCAACUCGCGACAGCAAGCAAAAGACCAGGCCAAACAGGUCGAAAGACGUAAAGUCGAGGAACUUGCAAGGAUGUCUGGGACAGAAACAACGAAUCUUGGAGAUCUUUCGCAAAAGACCACAGACGAGGAAACGGCCUUUACAGAGCGUUACCCCGCCGUAGAUUCACAACUCGCGCGUCUCGACGAAGCGAAGCGGACCCUGAUUCUGCACUCUCUAGUUCUCAUCCUUCUCAGUCUAGAGCACUAUUCGGCACAUUCUCGAGUGCUCUUGCUAUACCUCACCAGCUCACUCCACCUGAAUCUGUCGAUUCUCAAGAAGGACGAAGAAAAGGUCGCACAAGGUCUCCUUGAAGCUGCAUCGCAACAGCUAAAUGCUGAUGCCGAGACAAAGAAGGCAGCAGACGCCUCUAAGACCGCACGCAGAUGGAAGGUAGGACUUGCCAGCGUUGCGGGUGCAGCGCUCAUCGGCGUAACUGGCGGCCUCGCCGCGCCUCUUCUUGCAGCGGGUGUUGGGUCCGUGAUGGGUGGUCUGGGCCUUGGAGCCACAGCUGCAGCAGGUUACCUAGGUACAUUGGCAGGAUCCUCGGUCCUCGUCGGUGGUCUUUUCGGCGCGUACGGUGCCCGCAUGACUGGCGAUGCGAUGGACGCAUAUGCUCGACAAGUCGAGGAUUUCGCCUUCUUGAACAUCCACCGCAGCCAAGACCCCUCGAAGCAGGAUAACGAGACCCGCCGCCUCCGCGUUGCCAUCGCAGUGAGCGGCUGGCUGCGUGAGCCAGAAGAAGUCGUAGCCCCGUGGCGAUAUGUCGGCAAGGGUACCGAAGGCUUUGCUCUACGUUGGGAGCUCGAGGCUUUGCUAAAGCUCGGACACAGCCUCGAAACAUUCAUCACAAGUGCAGCAUGGGGCUACGCAAAGAAAAAGAUCAUCGAGCAAACCGUCUUCGCCGCUAUGGCCGCAGCAAUGUGGCCCCUCGGCCUACUGAAGAUUGCUACCCUACUCGACAACCCGUUCAGUGUUGCGAAGUACCGUGCUGAUAAAGCCGGAGAAGUGCUUGCAGACGCGCUGAUUAACAAAGUACAAGGCGAGCGACCAGUAACACUGGUGGGGUACUCCCUUGGCGCAAGACUAAUAUUCUCGUGUCUCCAGCGCCUCGCGGACCGCAAAGCUUUCGGCCUAAUCGAGAACGUCGUGCUACUUGGUGCUCCGUGCCCUUCAGACACCGCUGACUGGCGCAAGAUGCGCUCUGUGGUCAGUGGCCGUGUCGUUAACGUGUUUAGCACGAAGGAUUACAUCCUGGGAUUCUUGUACCGCACAUCUUCUGUCCAACUCGGCGUUGCCGGCCUACAGCCUGUUAUGGGAGUACGCGGCGUUCAAAAUGUAGACGUCACAGAGCUGGUGGACGGGCAUCUGCAGUAUCGCUUCAUCACCGGAUCUAUCUUGCGCAAGAUCGGGUUCGAGGACGUUGAUGUCGCGGAAGUUGAGAAGGCGGAGCGCGAAAUGGCGAAACAGAAGGAGAAGGAGGAUGCUGAGAGGAGGAAGAAUGAGGGCGAGGCGACUGGAGACGAGGAGAAUGAUAGUGAGAAGGAGAAGCAGAAGUUGGAGGGUGAGGUGCAGAAAAAGAGUGAACAGAGUAUGUGGAAAGUCAUGCAGGACAAGACGAAGAACUUGGACAUUGGAGGGUUUUUCGGAGCAAAGGACGAUACCAAGAAACCAUCGCCACCGGAAUCCGCAGCUGUUGGUGAGAGGAAGGAGCUAAAGAAGGCGUAGGGCUUUCAAUACACGACUAGGGUUGAAGAAACCUUUGACAGAACAUACGUCUAGUAACAGCAAUGAUAUCUGAUAAGUAUUUGAGAACCUCCCAUUUGUUCAGCUCUAGGUCAUGCACACUAUAGUCACACCAAAACACCGCAAAUGCAGUAAUCUACGAGAAAUCUUCACCAGUUUCCUCAAUAGUCCCCUUGAUCCUCAACAACAAUGUCGUCUUCCACUUGUCCAGCUUGCUCAUCUGAUCAUACUGGAACAGCUUAUCAGCGAAGACUUCCUGGUCGCCAUCCUGAACCGCCGC